UCCUUGGAAAGGGGCAGUCUUGAGGCUGUUUGCCUGGCAGGCACUCUUGCUUUGGGGACUGGCAGUGUUUCCACUCUCCACCCUCCCCCAAGCCCAGGCGCAGAGUUUAUCUUCCUUUUCGGCCCACAGGAAGGGUUUUGGAGAAAGCAGGAUUCCAGGUGAAGGGAAUUUUUUAUUUGGCUGGCAGUGUGACAGGAGUGGGGCUAAACUAAUGAGCCAGACCAGAUUGGAGGCCUGGGGUAAAUCCAAGCUCCGAGCCUACCUCAGCCACAGCAGGAAAUGGGCAGCGUCGCUUAAAUCUUGACAUUCAGUGCCUCCAACUCCUCUGUCCUCCCUGGGGGAGUUCCCGUCCCACCCCCAGAAGCUCAGGCCCCCAGGAAGCUCUUCCCAGAGGGGCUUACUGGUUCCUUCUCCCAUUACCUCUGACUGGGCAUCCAAAACUCAGAGCCAGGUUAUUUAUAGACAAGCCCACAGAAAGGGAGGGGAAGGGCCAGUGUUUAUAAACACCAGGUCACCUGAAUCUGAGAUCUCGAGGGAGAGUGGGUCUGGGAGGGUCUGGGAGGGGGCGGGCUGGACCGUAAGCCUCUGGAACGGAGGGCUCUGCUUCCCGUCUAACCCUACUGACAGGGAAAGGGGCAGAGACGGGAGGAGGUGGGCUCCGCUCGGAUGCUGGGCCACACGUGACCCAAUGAGCGGGCCAUAUGCAAAUUGCACGCAAAUCAGCAAGUACACAGUGGUGACGUCAUGGCUGGCGAGACCCCCGUUGGGGUCCCAGGCCUAGUGGUCUGGGGGCCAGGUCAGGCCCCCUUGAGGGAGAGACCAAGUCUCAUCAUCUCCCUCCCCCAACCCUGGACUCGCUGGGAGCCAAAGAAGGCCCUGGAGAAAACUGAAGUUUGGGGAGGGGAGUCAGCCGCUCAGCCCCUUCCUCGCCACUCCUACUCCCUCCACCACGGUGUCAGUCGUUGGGGAAGAGAGGUGUUGGGUUACUGCCACGGGGGCUAUAGUUAGAUGUGGGACUUUGCUUGUCGGCGGGACUCCCGGAACAGGCUGUGCUCGUCCAGACACCCGCCGGCGGAACCAAACCGUCCAGUUCUCUGCCUCCGACCUCCGUGAUCUCCAGCCCACUGAAGCCAAGCUUCCACCGCUGCCACUGGUCCCACCUGCAUCCGGACCUCGCCCUCCUGUCUCCCCCGGGAUGAUGCUGGCUGCUCUGCUGCUCACCCUCAGCUGCCUUGGCCUCCACACCCUCUGGCAGGCCCAGGCUGUCCCUAUCCUGCCCCUGGGCCUGGCUCCAGACACCUUCGAUGACGCCUACGUGGGCUGCGCAGAGGAAAUGGAGGAAAAGGCAGCCGCUCUGCUGAAGGAGGAGAUGGCCCGCCACGCCCUGCUGCGGGAAUCCUGGGAGGCAGCCCAGGAGGCCUGGGAGCAGAAACAGCGGGGGCUCACCCUGCCCCCUGGCUUCAGGCCCCAGCAUGGAAUCGCUGUCAUGGUCUACACGAACUCAUCUAACACCUUGUACUGGGAGCUGAACCAGGCCUUGCGGACUGGCGGCGGCUCCCGGGAGUUCUACAUGAGGCACUUCCCCUUCAAGGCCCUGCACUUCUACCUGACCCGGGCCCUGCAGCUGCUGCAGGGGAGCAAGGGCUGCACUCGGGGACCUGGGCAGGUGGUGUUCCGAGGUGUAAGCACCCUUCGCUUUGAACCCAGAAGGUUGGGGGAUGCUAUCCGCUUGGGCCAGUUUGCCUCCAGCUCCCUGGAUGAGGCGGUGGCCCACAGAUUUGGUAAUGCCACCUUCUUCUCCCUAAGGACUUGUUUUGGGGCGCCUAUCCAGGACUUGUCUGUUUUUCCCAAGGAGCGUGAGGUGCUGAUCCCUCCCCAUGAAGUCUUCUUGGUCACCAGGUUCUCCCAAGAUGGAGCCCGGAGCCUAGUGACUCUCUGGAGCUAUAAUAAGACCUGCAGCAACUUUAACUGUGCCUAUCUGGGUGGGGAGAAGAGGCGGGGCUGUGUGUCUGCACCAGCAGCAGGGGCAGCCAGACUCACCCUCCAACAGGGCCUUCUCUCUGCUCUCCUGGACAACCCUGCUCGUGGCCCCCGUGGGGUUCCAGUGCUCAAGAGCUGGGCCCUUGAAAGUCCAAUGCCUGCCACUUAGGAGUCUUGGAAACUGCUGACCUUCAUAUGAAGGAGGGACCUUCGAGCAGCCUCGAAGCAGGAGCACGGUUUCAGACCAGCCCUAGAAGCCAUCUCCCCACCCAGGACGUGGGGGAGUCUGAGGCCAUGGAAGGUCGGAGGAAGCCCUGCUGUGUGGUGGGGACUCCCUGGGACAAGUAAGGCUAGUACUGUGAUGACCAUUUUAUUAAACAGUGUUGGAGUGUGGUGACAUUGAA